CCAAGUAAAGAAGCUGUCAGUACUUUGACUCUAACUGUGCAAAGAAACUUUGAGGCUCCACGUUUUGCACAGGGUAGCUAUGCCAUGACUGUCAGGGAAGACAGAGCUAUAGGAUUUUCUUUUGGUAGACUUGUUGCUACAGAUUCAGAUUUUGCAAGUCCAAACAAUGUAGUUCAGUACUAUUUCACUGCAGCUACACCUUCUGAGAGGUUUUUAAUCAAUCCUACCACAGGAGAUGUUAGCAUUAGAAAGGACCUGACGACAGAAGAAACAAAGACUUAUACUUUCCGAGUCCAAGCUGCCGACUCUGGUUCUCCUCAGAGAACCAGUCCAGAAAUUCCUCUUACCAUCACUGUCCAAAGAAAUGACUUCGACCCCUUAUUUGGCAACCUGCCAAACAGCGUAACAAUCCGAGCAGAUACUGCACAGGGUUCAACUGUUUACACUGUUAAUUCAACUGAUGCUGACACUGUUAAUGAUUUCCAGCGUCGGGAGUAUGAUAUUGUUGGAGAUGAUGCAGCCACUGGAUUGUUUACCGUUGAUCAGACAGGAAGAAUUUUUACCACGACAGGACUGACUAAUGAUCCAUCAGAGCAGUAUAGGGUUCGAUUGCGUGUGAGGGACUUUGGAACACCUCGACGAUCGUCCACGGGUGUACUCCUGGUAAAUGUUACAAGGAACCUGUUUAAUCCAAGUUUCAUUCCUACUCAAUAUCAACAAACGAUUUCUGAAACUCAGACUUUAGGGGCCAGCAUACUACAAGUGACAUCUACUGAUGCAGAUACAACAGCACCAAAUAAUGUACCUACCUACACCCUCACUGGAAAUGCUUUAGGUCUACAGUAUUUCCAAGUUAAUCCUGGUACAGGAGUUAUCUCCCUAUACAAAGAUCUAAGAGAUGAUACAGCAACCACACAAACCUACACUUUUACUGUGAGUGUAAGAGACAAUGGUACCCCGUCAUUAACUGGAACAAACACUGCUACAGUGACCAUUCAAGUCAACAGGAAUUCUCAGCCUCCAGUGUUCCUAAACACACCAUACAGAUCCAGUAUAACAAGGUCUGUCCAAGACAACUCUGCCAUACCUGGAGUUAAUGUAGCAACCACUGAUGCUGAUACAGUGAGCCCCUUCAAUGUCGUCACAGUGACAGUGAUUGGAGAUGAUUCAGCAGCGAGUCUAUUCAGACUGGAUGGAUCCAACAUUCGGGUUCAGAAUGCAGCCAAUUUGGCAGCAGACACUGCUAAUACUUACAAGUUGCGAUUAUUGGCAGAAGAUGGAGGCUCACCAAAGAAAACUGCCACAGCAACAGUAGACAUUACUGUAAAUAGAAACCUUGCUGCACCCCAGUUUAACCCUGCUACAUACAGCCAGACUAUUAUAGAGAAUUUCCCUGUUGGAAGUGAAAUUGUAACAGUAACAGCCACAGACAGUGACCCACAGGCACCAAACAACCAGUUUAAGUUCAGUAUUGUAUCAGGAACAAAUGCAGAUAAUUAUUUCUAUAUAAACCCAGACUCCGGCCGAAUUUCUCUCAAGCAGUCAAUAAAGGGAACAGGAAUACAACAAUUUAUAUUCAGGGUGUCUGCUACAGAUGAGGGUACACCAUCACAGAGAGGAGAAGCUACGGUGACUGUUGACGUAACAAUUGAUGACACUCUAAGAUUCACACAAUUACAACAAUACACUGCCAGCAUUGAUGAGAAUGAUCCUGUUGAUCGUAGUUUCAUUACUGUUACUGCUACUCCUCAGCCUAACAUCAAAUAUUCUAUCGUUGGCUAUAGUGAUAGUCCAGAUUACUUCAAAAUUGAUGAAACAACUGGUGCUAUUUCUGUGAAAACUGACCUCCGCACUGAUUUGUCCAAGAGAACAACAUAUUUGAUACUAGUGAGAGCAGAGAAACAGUUCCCUAAUGGACUGCAGUCAGUAGAAAACACAGUAAAUGUGACGGUGGCCAGAAACAUCAAUCCUCCAGUAUUCAACGCCACAGUGUACAGAGCAACUAUUGAUGAGAAGUACAACCUGGGACGGUCUGUCGUACAAGUGUUUGCUACCGACCUCGAUACCCAGGAUGUUCUCUUGUACUCCAUCAUUGAACAAACUGGGGAGACGGAACCAUUUUACAUGGCUGCCAGCACAGGAGUCAUUACCCUUAGGCAGCUUUUAGCUGGCACAUCAAAAACAACAUACAUAUUCACUGUGCGAGUUCGUGAUCAGUCCAAACCAGAGAAAUUUGGACAGUCCCGGGUGGAGAUCACAGUAAGAAGAAACACUAGCCCUCCAUCGUUUCUUAGACAGCAGUAUGGAACAGGCAUUGAUUAUAACCAGGCUCCGGGACAAGUGCUAACUACCUCUGCAGUUGAUCCAGAUCUAUCUGGUACACUUGUGUAUGAAGUUAUUGGAUUUUUGUCAGCUCCAGGAUAUUUCAGUGUGAAUUCCAAUGGAGAAGUUAGUCUAAUAGCUAGUUUAGCCAGUGACACAGCAACAUCAUACACUCUUGGUCUGACAGCUUAUGAUAGUGACUAUCCCAACGACAAGGCUUAUGCUAAUGUCACCAUCACCGUCAACCGUAAUCCUAAUGCCCCAAGCUUCACCAGCCCCUCCUACAGUAGAACCAUCAAUGAAAGUUACCCACUUGCCGUCAGUCUGGUGCAGAUCAGUGGUCAGGAUGCCGAUCAGCACACUAUUGAGUACAUACUGGAAUCCAGCAAUCCUGUAGAAGGCACCAAUUUCUUCUACUUGAAUCCAGCCACUGGACUUCUGACCGUGUCCAGACCACUUACUGAGACCACUACACAAACCUUCACUCUUCAAGUACGUCUGAGGGACAAUGGAAUUUCACCAAGAUCUUCAGCAGUUGCUGCUCCUGUUACAAUAACUAUUACCAGGAAUGACAAUGCACCUAUUUUUGCUGGGCCUUUUACAGCUAAUAUUCCAGAAACGACACCUAUUAAUUCUGGAGUUCUAACAGUUACUGCCACAGAUGGAGAUUCAAAUUUAUCACCAUAUGGACAACUAAGAUAUAAACUAAUAGGAGAUGGAGAUUUCCAGCAAUUCUUCAGCAUUGAUACAAACACUGGAAAUAUCACAGUUCGCCGACCCCUGACCUCGCAAGAUGUGGCCUCCUAUCAGGGUCGUAUCGUGGCUGAGGAUGGAGGCUCUCCUGCACGAUCAGCCACCGCCAUUGCAACCAUCAACAUCCAAAGAAAUCUUAAUCCUCCAGUAUUCAGCCAGAGGGAUUAUAGCAUCUCUAUCUAUGAGACUCAGCAAGUGGGACAGAAUGUCAUUACUAUUACUGCCACUGAUGCUGAUCAGAUUAGGCCUAAUAAUGAGAUCACCUAUGAGAUGACAGAUACCACACCAAACCUGAAUGGAGCUGGUUUGAACUUCUUCAGCAUAAGAUCUGAGAACAACAGGGGCAUUAUAUCCAUUGUUCUGCCCUUGUAUACUGACAAUCAAGACACACCAGUAUACACGUUUUCCGUUUUGGCUCGUGACAAUGGAAAUCCUACCCAGUUUUCUGUGGACCGAGCUACAGUGAGGAUCACUGUGUACCGAAACUUAUUUCCACCUGUCUUCCAAGGAAUACCUUACACUGCUACUCUUAACUUUAACAGUGUCAGUGGUACCACAGUCAAACAAGUCAAUGCAACAGAUGCUGAUGCACAGAGUCCCCACAAUGUUGUGACAUACUCGAUCAUUGGUGAUGCUACAGCACAAACUUUGUUCAGCAUUAAUGCUGCCAGUGGUUUGAUCACUACUCGUCAGAGUCUGCUCAAUAACAAUGUGGAAACGUCUUCAAUUCUGAUUGAGGCCAGAGAUGGAGGCACUCCCAGUCUAUCUGCCACAUCUACAGUAAUUGUCACCAUUGCCAGAAAUCUCAACAAUCCAGAGUGGGUCAGCACUUCUUAUACUGUCAACAUUACAGAGACUCAGGAUCUGGGAGUCACUAUUGCCAACAUGAAUACAAGGGAUGCUGAUGUUGAGACUCCAUACAAUACAAGAAUUACAGCUUUAACAGGGGAUGCUGACAUGCUGCAAUUUUUCAGACUCACGGAGGAUGGAAGAUUGUCAGUUCAACGACCUUUGACACUUUCAAGCAAGAGAACUUUCACAGGGACUGUUUCUCUACAAGAUGGAGGAAAUCCUCCCCUGACACCUACUGGGGUUAAAACAGCCACUGUCACUGUUUAUGUGGCCAGAAAUGACCACACCCCUUAUUUUAUCAAUGACCCGUACUCCAAGGACCUGGAGGGAAAUAUUCAGACAGGAGCCAGUGUUCUACAGGUUACAGCCAGGGAUAAUGACCAGGGUCAGUUUGGUUUAGUUCGAUACAGAAUCACUGGUGACGACCUGGCACCAACCUAUUUCCAGAUUGAUCCCACAUCUGGUUUGAUUACUGUUAGGAAUGUCUUGAGCAGUGUUAAUCAAGAUCAGUUUAAGGUAAGAGUUGAGGCUUAUGACCAAGGAAGUCCCAGCAAAACCAAUGUUACAGUGGUAACCCUGACAGUGAAAAGCAACUAUCAACGUCCAGUUUUUAAUCGACUUUCAUAUGCUGCACGAAUCCCAGAAACACAGAGCCUUGGUCAACAGAUUAUUGCAGUGACUGCAAAUGAUACUGAUGCAUUGGCACCAAACAAUGUUGUGAGAUAUUCCCUGACAGCUGGACCCGAGGACAUUGAGUGUUUCCUUAUUGAUGCUGUGACAGGAAGUCUGUCUUUGAGACGGUCCCUCCUGUAUGCCCCAUGUAGAUCUGAUAGAUAUCAGAUGACCGUCACUGCCACAGAUCAAGGCUUAAAUCCUCUCUCAAAUUCAAUAACGGUCACAGUAGAUGUAGAUCGCAAUGCCAAUGCCCCUAUCUUCCAAAAUAUUCCCACAAUUAUUCCCAUCAAUGAGAAUCGACCCAUAGGACAGGGCUUUUUCACAGUCACUGCCACAGAUGCAGAUUCAGUGAGUCCCUUCAAUGACAUCACAUACUCCCUGGUGGGCGAUGGUACAGCAACUGUGUAUUUCCAAGUAGAUCCUUCAACAGGCCUUGUGAGUCUGAGACAGACUGUUCAGGCUGACACAGCCUCUACCUACAGGCUGGCAUUCAGAGCUACUGAUGGCGGAAACCCACCGAGGUAUGAUGAGAAAAUUCUUACCGUCAAUGUCAAUCGCAAUCUUCUUAGUCCUGAAUUUGUGAAGCAGGAUUAUGCUGUUACAAUCUGGGAAACUCAGCCCCUCAAUGUUUUGGUGGAGGAGGUCUUAGCCCUGGACAAUGAUACUAAGGCUCCACACAAUGAAGUUACAUAUGAAAUUGUGAGUGAUGCACUUGCUCAGAAUUACUUCCGGAUUGACACAGAGGGAAGAAUUUAUGUCAGAAUACCACUCACAGAUGACUCAGCCAAGACAGGCCUGUACACCUUGUCUGUGAGGGCCAAUGACAAAGGAACUCCUCAACGCUCCAGCAAUAACCUGGCUACUGUAAGAGUGACUGUCCUGAGAAACAGAAACUGUCCAACAUUCACACCUUCGGUUGUGGCCAUUUCUAUUGACCAGUCCUCUUUGAGUCGUAUGAUUUAUGAUGCCAAUGCAACGGAUCCAGAUGCAGCUAAUACCCCAUUCAGCACAGUCAGCUACACUCUGAUUGGUGAUGAAAGUGCUCCCUCCUUCUUUGGAAUUGAUCCUCAGUCUGGACAGAUUUCUACAAGAGAACCAUCUUUGUUCUCAGAUCAGGGCACUGUCUAUCAGUUACGGAUUCAAGCGACAGAUGCUGUGAAUACUGUCACAAGCUGUUCAGGAAACCUUGUGUUGCGAGUGACUCUUAACAGAAACUUGAAUAGCCCAGUAUGGAUAAAUGUGAAUUCACCCAAUAACUAUGUCGAAACAAUUUUUGAAACACGUUCUGUGACUCAAUUUGUGACCAGGAUCCAGGCAACAGAUAGUGAUGACAAAGCACCAAACAAUGUAGUUAGCUAUGCUAUGACUACCAAUUCCCCCAACAGAGACUUGUUCUUUGUGGAUGUUGAUGGAUAUGUGUUCCUGAGGAACAGUCUUGUGGGACAAACAGGCGAUUCUUACACAGUGAGGUUUGUAGCAACUGACGGAGGUGUUCCUGCCAGGAGCAGCCCAGAGGCCACUCUGACUGUGAAUGUGAUUCGUAAUCAAUUCCCUCCAGAGAUUCUCAAUCUCCCCACAGCUGUAAACAUCUCAGAGAAUCAGCUUGUCAACCAAGAAAUUUUCAGGGUCACUGGCAUAGACAAUGAUACAUCUGCGCCAUUCAAUAUCUUCACCUUUGAACUGGUAGGAGACAAUGAAGCCACCACAUUCUUCCAAGUGGCUCCUGGUGGUUCAGUUACCCUGCGCCAAUCAAUUGCCACAGACCCUUCCAACUCCUUCCAACUGCGUGUCCAAGCAAAGGACGGUGGAACACCCCAAAGGCAGGAUGAGAAGCUUCUGACUGUUCGAGUGGAUAGAAAUCUACGUAGUCCAGUGAUGACAGGUGGAACAUACAGUGCCCGAAUCCUGGAGAUUCAAGCAGUUUCGGAGCCCCUGGUCACAGUGCAGGCUACUGAUGGGGAUAACUUUGCACCAAACAAUGAGUUGAGAUACUAUAUUGUGGGUUCUAAUACAACCAUUACUGAUUACUUCAUGGUAAAUGAAGACAAUGGUGGGGUUAUGCUGAGGAGAUCCAUGUUGGAUUACCCAAAUAGAGCGACAAGGUUUACAGUAAAUUUCCAAGUCAAUGCAGCAGACAAAGGAAGUGUACCACGGACUGCCACCAAUCCUCAGGUUGUGUCCAUUUCUGUAGUCAGAAAUACAGCCCCUUAUUUUGAAAAUGUAUUUACAUACCAGACCCAGGUGCAGCAAAAUGCUGCAGGAGGCACCAUUGUAUUCACACCCUCAGGAAGAGACGCAGAUACAGAUAGUCCAUUCAAUACCCUGACAUAUUCUCUGAUUGGAGAUGACCCAGCCCCCUCUGUGUUUCAAAUCAACCCGAGUACCGGAGCAAUAUCAACCAAACCAACCACAAACUUGACACAAACCUCUGGAAACUUUGUGGCUCGUGUACAAGUGACCGAUGGUGGAUCACCUCCCUUGUCAGAUACUGCGACAAUAUCCAUCAACGUGGAAAGAAACCUGAAUUCACCUCGUUUCCUGCACCUCAAUGAUCUGACCGUAAAUAUCCCAGAAAUUCUACCAGCUGGCUCAAACAUCAUUGACCUCAAUGCCACAGAUGAUGAUGCCUAUAUACCAAACAACGUCAUCUCAUAUGUCAUAACAGGAGGAAUUGGAAAUCCACUUGAAUAUUUCUUCAUAAACCCUGGCACAGGAGUUAUUGUCCUUCAGAAAUCUGUGAAAUCAAUCUCCACCAGUAAUUUUAGGCUAACAGUUGAAGCCAGAGAUCAGGGAAGUCCCCAACGGUUUGCUUCUGCCACAGUGAAUAUUAAUGUACUGAGAGACAGUGGGGUGCUUACUUUCUCUGCCAAUAAUUACAAUGCCACAAUUAGUGAGAACACUCCAGUCAGUACAUCAGUUGUAACAACAGUAGCCUCUCCUGGGGCCAGCAUUGUGUAUUCCUUGCUUGGUAUUGGAAGUGGACCUGAUUACUUCAGUGUCAAUCCAACCUCAGGACAAGUGAAUGUUAUACAAGCCCUUACCCAGGACGCAUCUCGACUCACUUCGUACAGGUUGUUAGUUCAAGCUGUAAAUCAAGGUGUAUCAACACAGACUGCCACUUCUACCGUCAACAUUAUAGUCACUCGUAAUGAAAAUGGUCCACUAUUCCAGCCUACUUCUUAUGUUGUCACUGUACAGGACACUAUCCCUCUAGGUUCUAAUGUAACUCAAGUGACUGCAAGUGAUGCAGACAAUGACCCAUUAAACUACAGAAUACUGAGUGGUUCCCCUUACACUGAGCUGUUUUAUCUAAACCCUGUGACUGGUGUCAUUACAUUGAAGAGUGUCCUGCUAGGUAGAACAGAGAACCAGUACACUUUCACAGUGCAGGCUAGUGACCAGAGGACUCCAGAAAGAACAGCCACAGCCAAUGUAGUGGUCAAUGUGAUCAAGGAUCAGUUCAGCCCUGAGUUCAUCCGUACUCCAUAUAACGUUCAAACGACAGAGAAUACCCCUGAUGGCACCAUCAUCUUCAACACAGAGGCCAUAGACCGAGAUCUUAAAGAGAGAAUUGUAUACACUGUUAUUGGUGACAAUGCAGCCCCAGCCUUUUUUGGUGUGAUUACUGACAGAGGAAACAUAACAAUUAUAAAUCAGGCCCUCCUCAGGAAAGAUGUGGGCACCACAUACACACUCAGACUCACUGCCCAUGAUACACGAUAUCCCAACAACAAAGCCAAUGCAACUGUCACCAUUACUGUGAGAAGGAACCUAAACUCUCCUGUUUUCUCCCUACCAAGUUACAGUCGAACUAUUUUGGACACCAUUCCUCUCGGAGAACAAGUGGUUCAAGUAAACGCAACAGAUGCUGAUAGAGAUCCAAUUCGAUACAGCAUAAUUGGAGAUUCCAGAGCCCAGACUUUCUAUUAUAUAAAUCCAGAAACAGGCUUGAUCACAAUUAAAAGACAUCUGACAACUGGAAGUCAGGACAGUGACCAGAUUCAAGUCCAGGCCUGCGAUCAGAGAGAUCCACAGAACUGUGCUCAGGCUCUAGCCUUCAUCACAAUUGACCGCAAUAAGAUAUCUCCAGUGUUUGUAAAUACGCCCUACAGCAGUAGCUUAGGACAGGGCACCCCUGCCUCAGAAACUGUCGUCUUCACAGUCACUGCUACUGAUCAAGAUAUGAAUCCAAAUACAGGAAGCAUCAUGUAUGAUGUGAUAGGAAACUACCCUGCUCCAUCAUUUUUCUCAUUGAAUACAACCACAGGACAAAUCAAGGUUGCCCGUGGCUUAAUGGAGGAUAGCUUGCAGAGAUCUCAAUAUGAUCUGGUUGUGGUUGCCUACGACACUCAGUAUCCUACAGACAGGGCUACUGCCACGGUUACAUUUAUCGUCAACCGCAAUCCUAACCCUCCAGUGUUUACCCAGUCUAUUUACAGUGUUCAAAUAGCAGAGAGUUUACCUCUAGGAGGCAACAUUACACAGGUUUCAGCAGCAGAUGCAGACAAUGAUCCAGUCUCCUAUUUCUUCAGUUCAGGAGGAAACACAGGGGCAGAUGAUUUAAAUUUCUUUUACCUGAACGCAGAAACAGGGAUCAUAACGCUCAAGUCCCUACUCACUUCAACAACAACAAAUACAUUUACGUUUGAUGUAACAGCAAGGGAUCCUAGCGGAAAAGUAGGAAGUGCUCAGGUUAAUGUACUUGUCAUCAGGGACCAACCCCCAGUGUUUGAGGGGACACCUUACAGAGUACAAAUUGUUGAGAGCCAGCAAACUAACUUGAGAGUGUACACUGUCAGUGCCAGUGAUCCUGAUCGGAAGGGUUCAAUUGUGUAUGGUGUUGCUGGAUCAUUGAAUGCUCCUUUCUUCUUCCGAGUUGAUAACUCUAGUGGAGAGGUUGCUAUCAUCAACGACUUGAGAAAAGACAUACAACAGCAGUAUGAACUUAUUGUCACAGCAUAUGACAGCGGUUCUCCUGGAAAAACAGCCACUGCUACUCUGACAAUAGGUGUCACUAAAAACCCCUCCAACCCACAAUUUGGUUUGCCAGCAUACACCACAACCAUCUGGGAAGACCAAGCACCGGGAUCUAAUAUUCUAAACAUCACAGCAUCUGAUGCAGACAAUGAUGUUCUGCGGUUUGACUUGUUGAGUGACGGCACUGCAGCAUCAAUCAGGGCUUUAAUGUAUUUCUCAUUAGACCCAACAAAUGGUCAGUUCUAUGUGGCCAAAUCAUUAAUGGAUGACACAACUAAGGCUUCAGAAUACAAUUUGAGAGUACGUGUGCGAGAUCAGCAGUAUCCUGAUUAUGAGAAAUCUGCAGAAGCUAAUGUCAGAGUUAUAGUCAACAGAAAUCGCCAGACUCCAUUCUUCCUGGGGACUUACGCAAGAGAGCUCUCUGAAAAUUCACCAGUUUCAAUAUCUAUUUUACAAGUUUCAGCCCAGGACUCUGACAGGCGGCCCACAAGUUCUCUUAGAUAUGAAGCUACAGGAUUUGGCUCAGCACCAUACUUUUUCUAUCUAUCACCAACUAAUGGGUCCAUAUAUAUCCAGAAUGACCUAAGAUCAGAGAAGAACGUCUUCAGAUAUGUUCUUCAAGUUCAGGCCUAUGAUGUAGCAUAUCCCAAUGACAGAGCAACAACAAAUGUAACAAUUACAAUUGUGCGCAAUGAAAAUGCACCACAGUUUGACAAAUUCCAGUACACUGCCAACAUCAGUGAAAGCACUGCCAUUAAUGUGGUAGUUUUACAGCUCAAUGCAACAGACAGAGAUACAGGGGACAGGAUAACCUAUGGAUAUGAUGGAGCUAAUCCUGUUCCAUUCACUCGGCUUUUCUCCUUGAGUCCAAACACUGGUGUCAUCACAGUCCAAGCUGACUUGACCACUGACUUGCAGCCUGCAUACACGGCUACAGUUUAUGCAUAUGACAACAGUAACCCUGAGAAGAAAACUCCAGGUAACGUGAUUAUUUCAGUGUAUCGAGACCGAUCAUCACCUCAGUUUUCUGUUGGGAACCAAACUGUCACUGUAUCAGAAAAUGCUGCCAUUGGGACAUCAGUGGCGGAACUUUCCGCAAAUGAUGCUGAUCGAGUGGGAAUUGUUACAUAUGAAGUAAUGGGCGUGUACCCUGCUCCUAGUCUGUUUUCAAUUCAUCCAACAAAUGGUGUGGUUUCUGUUGCCAAGGACCUACAAUUUGAAGCUGUCAGAUCUGACUCACAGUAUAGACUAACGGUAGAAGCAUACGAUUCCUUCCGUCCCAACAGGAGGGCCUCUGCUACUGUAACUAUCUUAGUGAUCAGGAAUCCAAAUACCCCUACCUGGGCACUGCCUGCAUAUGCGGCUACUAUCAGAGAAGACCAUCCACCAUUCUCAAGUAUUGUUCAAGUGACUGCCACAGAUCAGGACCAGGAGGACAAACUCACCUAUGAUAUUGUGAAUGAAAUUGAUGAGAAAGCACUCAGCAGUGGAGCAUCUGAUAACUUCUACAUUGACACAGACACUGGCAUGAUUUACCUGAAGAAGUCUCUCAUGAACACUCCAUUUACCAGAUUUAUUUUGACAGUUCAGGCCUGUGAUGAUGGUGUACCACACAAGUGUGCCAAUACAACUGUAACUAUCUCCAUCAGUGCAGAUAAAAAUGCCCCCGUGUUCAACAAUGCUCCAUUUAGUCAGACAAUCACUGAAAACUAUGUUGUUGGACAGCAGGUUCUUGUGGUGACUGCUGUUGACAACAAUGCACUUUCUGCUAUAAGAUAUAUGAUGGAACCUCCUGUGCCAAGAUAUUUUGCUAUUAAUGAAGCAACUGGAAACAUUACUGUUGCCAAGGCACUCAAUACUUCCUUGGAGACCACAUUCAGUUUCAAAAUUUCAACUUAUGACAGUGGAGAGCCACAGUACAAGUCUACAGCUGAUGUCACUAUCUUCGUUAUUCGUAACCUGAAUCAACCCCGCUUCCUACAGAAUCCCUACAACAUUCAAAUUGAUCAGAAUGCCAACUAUGGGUCUACAGUGAUCAAUACCACAGCUGUAGAUGAUGACAAGGAUAUUCUCCGGUAUACAAUGACUGGAUCUGGUAAUUCCCAAAUACAGACAGAAGUUCAGAUGUAUUUUGGCAUUGGUCCUGAUGAUGGAAUUGUCUACCUUAAAGAGUUACUGACCAAUGUUCCAAGGCAAUCAUACCAGUUAUUUGUAUUUGCCAGAGAUCAGCGUCCUGUAAAUGAAAAAACUGGCACAGCCACUGUGAAUGUGCAAAUCGAUUUUGAUGAAACUCCACGUUACCUUGACAACUUGCCUUACGUUGCCAACAUUAUGGAGUCACACACUAUAGAUUCACUUGUAGCUCAGCUAAGGGCAGAAGAUCCUGACCUGAAGGGUGAUCUUACUUAUGAAGCCAUUGGAAUGUACCCUGCUGAAGGUUAUUUCAGUGUCAACUCCUCCACUGGAGCUGUUAGGUUGAUUAGAGAUCUGAAAACUGAUCCAUCUGGACUUACAACAUACACUCUGCGUGUUGUGGUUUAUGACUCCCUGUAUCCACGAUUAAAAGCAACAGCAGAUGUCCAAAUUGGUGUCACCAGAAAUCCAUUUGCCCCGUCCUUCUCUCCGUCAGCCGACUACAGUGCUACAGUACAGGAAAAUGUGACUCUGGGCUACCCUGUCUUAGACAUUAAUGCUACCGAUGUGGAUAAUGAUCCUGUAACAUUUGCGAUUGUGGCAUCAGUACCUGCUGGUGGAGAAAAUUUCUUCUACCUUGACCCUAAUUCUGGGCUUUUGACAACAAAGAGGUUGCUGACAACAGCCCCGGCUAACUUUUAUCAGAUGACAAUCCAAGCCUCGGAUGGGAGAGGCAGAGCUGCGAAUGCCACAGCCAGAAUUACCAUCACCCGUAUUCCUACAGACCAGAGGCCAUUCUUUGUUUCUACCCCUAAUAGAACCAUAACAUUCAGAGAGGCUGUCAACAGUCAAAUUGUCACCGUGAUUGCACAAGAUCCGAACCCAGUGGGAAGCAUAAGAUAUGAACUUGUUGGAAUUUAUCCUGCUCAGGAUUUCUUUGCUGUCAACCCGACAACAGGAGUGGUGAAUCUGAUAAGAGAUCUUGCUACUGACAAUUUUGAGACUAUGCAGUACACUCUUCGGCUUGAAGCAUAUGAUACAAAUAACCCAGACUUGAGAGCAGUUGGUCUAUCCUUUAUCACCGUAAUCAGAAACCCAGCCUCUCCAAUAUUUGAAGUUGGCGAUUACUCCAUGGUAAUUGAAGAAAUUCAGCCAGUGGGAUCUAUUCUACUGGAAGUUAAUGCUACAGACAAUGAUCAAGAUCAAGUACUGUAUGAUGUUGUACAAGACUCUGAUGGAAUUCGUGCUAAUGAGUUCUUCUUGGUGAACAGAGAAAAUGGAAAGAUAUACCUCACGAGGGAUCUGAGAUCUACCACCCUAAAUUCAUUCACGUUCCAAGUUCGAGCUCGUGACCAAGGUCGUCCAGAGAAAUUUGCUACAGCAAGAGUUACAUUCACCAUUAGAAGAGACAAUGGUCCUCCGUCUAUGCAGCGGGAAUAUUUUGCCCAAAUACCUGAAACAGAACCAGUGAACAACAUCAUUCCAUUUACUUCUAUACAAGCUAUAGACAAUAACAUAAGGGGAUCCUUAGUGUAUGAAGAAGAAGGAGAUGGACUUGCUAUGUCAUAUUUUGCUUUGAACAGAAACACGGGAGCAAUCACUGUACAAAAGAGCCUGCUUACAACCAAUGAGACAAAUUUUGUGUUAAGGGCCAUAGCCUACGAUACUUACUACCCAGACAAUAAAGCAAACACUACAGUCAGAAUCACGGUGAUUCGUAAUGCUAAUGCACCACAGUUCAGCCAAAGUGCCUACGAGACCGAGAUCAACGAGUACCAUUCCUUUGGUGUCACUGUAUUCACGGUUUCUGCAGGCGAUGCAGACAAAGAUGUAGUACUGUUUUCUAUUGAACCACCAAAUGACUACUUCUACAUUGAGAAGUACAGUGGCAGAAUCUACAUUCGAAGAUCUCCCAGUGAAAAUCCUUCAGUAUCAGAGUACAAGUUCUAUGUCUUGGCAAGUGAUCAGAGAAGUCCACCAAGGAUCAGCAAUGCAACAAUGACCAUCAGAAUCAGAAGGAACCAGCCCCCUAGGUUCUUAAGAUUGCCAGAAUUUACUUCUGUGUCUGAGAAUGCUGCAGAUAACUUUGUUGUGUACACAGUGUCAGCAACAGAUCCAGACCAGAGGGUUGGUGCCAGACUGGUGUACACAUUGGUUGGAGAUGGUUCUGGGCCAAGCUUUUUCACUCUGAAUAACUAUACUGGAGAAGUGAGACCAAAAGCGGGAUUGAGAAAUGACACAGCAUUACAAUAUGUGUUACGAGUUUCUGUUUAUGAUGAGGAUAUCACUGAAAUGAGGACCACCAGUACAUUAACAAUCAGUGUACUAAGGAACACAAACCAGCCUCUAUUUACUCAGCGGUCCUAUGUAUACAACAUCACAGACACAACAAGACCUAGUACCAUUGUAGGACGUCCCACAGCUUCUGAUUUAGAUGGAGACAAGUUACAGUAUUAUUACACUGGGGAUGCAACUCAUCUUGAAUACUUCUAUGUGAAUAGAGACACAGCUGAAAUUAUCCUUAUCAAGAACUUGGACACUACAGCUUUAAGAACAUUCAAUCUGCAAAUAAGAGCAGAAGAUGGCAGAGUUCCACUAAAAUCUGACACGGUUCAGGUCACCAUUAACAUAGCAAGAGAUCUUGAGCUACCAGUGUUCUUUAACAGACCCUACACAUUCAAUACUGAUGAACAGAAACCAGUGAACUUUACUGUAGGAUCCGUAACAGCAGUUGAUCCUGACAUCAGGGGUAAGAUUCAGUAUGAGGUAGUAGGAAUUUAUCCAGCUCCCUCUUUCUUUGAUGUGGAUAAGGACACUGGAGCAAUUAGAAUCGUAAGAGAUCUGAAGGAGGAUAAAUCUGCUACAGGAACCUAUGUGCUAAGAAUAUCUGCAUAUGACUCGAGAGAUCCUAGCAAAUUCACUACAGAAGAUGUAACAAUCAAUGUGGCUAGGAACCUUAACCCACCAAGUUUCAGUCAAAAUCCAUAUGCCACAACUAUCACAGAAUUAUACCCCAUGGGAAUACCUGUCCUAAACAUCUCAGCCACAGAUUCUGAUCAGGAUGCUGUAUCAUACUCUAUUGUUCGAGACAAUACUGGUGGAAGUUCUUUGGUAUAUUUCUACAUUGAUGCCAAUGGGCGCUUGUAUCUGAGACAACCACUGACAUCCCCUGAUGUGCCAGGACAGUUCAGUAUGGUUGUUGCUGCUACUGAUUCUGGAAGACCAGCACGAACAACAGAAGUGAAUGUGUUUAUCACUGUUACCAAGAUUAAUCCACCUAGAUUCCUCGGUACUCCAUACUCGAGGAUCCUGGAAGAAAGAACAGCUAAUGGUUCCAGUAUCCUUACCGUACGUACAGAUCCCUCAACUGACAUUGUGUAUGAGAUAGUGGGAGAGCCACCGGCACCGUACUUGUUCUUUGUGGAUCAAAACGGAGAUAUUCACAUUAAGAGGGAUUUGACAACAGAUAAAUCAAUGCAAUACAAGAUAAGAGUCCGAGCCUACCAGAGAAACACACCUUCCAAGUACUCUGAAACAGAAGUGGUGGUCAACAUGCAGAGGAAUGUCAACCCUCCUGUGUUCACCCCAGACAGAUUUGACAUUAAUAUUAAUUAUGAUGAUCCUGUGGGCAGUAGAAUCAUUCAAGUACAGGCUGCAGAUGCAGACCAGGAUGUCCUUCAGUACAGUAUUACUGGAGAUGCUGCUUGCCAGAAUAGCUUCUACAUUAUCAGUGCUACUGGAGAGGUGUUCCUGGGCAAAAACCUGAAAACCACCUCAGACGUCUUAUUUCAGUGUACAUUAAGUGUGACAGACAAUGGGUAUCCAACACCAAAAGUUGACACUGCACCAAUGGUCAUCAGUGUAAUCAGGGGAACAAACCCAGUGUUUGGAUCUCAAGACACCACUGUCAAUUUGCGUGAAGACGUUCCAGUGAAUACUCAAGUUGGAAACCCUAUCACCGCAACCAGAACUCCCGCACCCCAAUUUCCUAAUACUAUGGUGUAUGAAAUCAUUGGUCAGUAUCCAGCUCAGAGCUUCUUUGGUAUCAAUAAUGGAACAGGUCAGAUUAGAGUCAUCCAAGAUCUUCGCUCCGAUGGAUUGAAGACCAAUCAGUACAAGGUGUUGGUCCUGGCUUAUGGAACUGACAAACCAGACCUUAGAAGCACAGCCACAGUGACCAUUAAUGUACAGAGAAACCUGAAUGGACCCAGAUUCUAUCCCCAGACAGAUAGAAUUGAGUUACCAGAAACUACUGGUAUAGAUUUCUGGUCCAUGCCUCAGAAUGUCACAGAUCCAGACAGUUCCAAGAUCACCUGCUCCAUCAUAUCAGAUGCCAAAUCGGUGGAGUACUUCAAAGUAGACCCAGAUACUUGUGUCCUGUCCCUGAGAAAAUCUCUUAAAGAUGACCCAGACUUAACAACAACCUACAAUGUUGUUAUUCAAGCAACAGAUAAUGGACAGCCACCUCAGUCCAGCCAAAAAACUGUAGUUGUCACCGUUCCUAGAGAUUUAAGGAAACCAAGUUUCCAGAAUCUGCCACGAACAAUAAUUAUCGAUGAAACCAGACAAGCUGGUUUCUCAGUGUUUGUUGUUGCAGCAACAGAUGACUUGAGAGGUAAACUCCAGUACAGUAUUGUUGGAGAUCUUCCAGCACCAAGCUUCUUCCAGAUUGAUCCCAAUACUGGCAACGUGACUCUACGGAAUUCCCCCAAGUCUGAUGGAUUGGCAAGCAGCAGUUACACUGUAAGAAUCCAAGUUAUUGAUGAUGCUUGGCCCAACAAUCCUGAGUAUGGUGAACUGACUGUGCAGGUGACCAGAAACAGACAAGGCCCACAACUUAAUCCAUCAACUUACAACCAGAAUAUCAGGGCCAGUAACCCUGUAGGCUCUACCAUUGUGACCAUUGGGGCCUCAGACCCAGAUGGGGAUAAACUUGUAUUUGUCAACCGUGGAACAGACAAUGACAAGAAGUAUUUCUAUUUCAACGUUGAUGUGUCAGACACUCGUCAACCCCAAAACACAGUGACCGCCAGUGUUACCAUUACUGUCACACCAUUACGAGGACCCCCAGCAUUCACCCAGACUUAUUACACUUUUGAUACUUCUAUAGUCACUCCUGUCAAUGCUUCUGUUGGAACUGUGUCAGCUGUUGAUAAUGACUUACAGGGAGCUGUGGUGUACAAAGUAAAUGGAUUCUCUCCAGGCACGGAAUACUUCCGAAUGGAUCCAGCUGGAUCUUUUGUCUAUAUUAGAGUGAACAAAAGGCUGUUGGACAAUCCUAGUGUCACAUCAUACUUGCUUUUGCUGGAGGCUUACGAUGACCAAUACCCAGAAGAUAAAUCAUAUGCUUCAGUGACCAUAAAUAUCUUGAAAAAUGUUAACCCACCCGUCAUCGUUCCUUCCCAGAUGUCCGCUACAGUGAAUGAUUAUGACCCACCAGGAACUUCAGUUAUUGAUGUCAAUGCCACAGACUUGGAUCAGACUCUCCCAGAGAAGACACUUCUGUAUACUAUAGAGGAUGGACGUGCUGCCACUGAUUACUUCACCAUUGAUCCUAUUACUGGAUUAAUAUCUGUGGAUAGAAGGCUGUCAGAAGACACCCUUAGACCAUCUGAAUACGUGCUGCGAGUCAUUGCUAGAGACACCAGUGCAACUCCCCAGUCAGCCACAGCUACGGUGACGGUUAGCGUCAAUAGAAACAACAAACCAAGCUUUGUCAAUCCUGCCAGUUUUGUAUUCAGCCCCUCAGAAGCAGUGGCUGUGUAUGAUUCUUUAUUCGUAGUGUCGGCUUCAGAUCCAGACCCACCUUCACUACUGAAUGGACAAUUAGAGUUCUACUUUGUGGGACCGGUAAAUGCAAGUCGUGUGUUUGGUAUUGAUCCAAACUCUGGUAGUAUUUUCCCACGCAUCAGCUUACAAGAUGUCACACAGGAUCGCUGGACUUUCACAGUGGGAGUUAGAGACAAGGGAAUACCUUCACUGUUUGUGGAGACUCCAGUUACUGCUAAUAUUCAGAGGAUUGGAAAACCUGUCUUUGAUAGUGUUAGAAUCGACGUCACUAAAUUUGAAAAUGCACCCUUAGAUGAGGUUGUUACCCCAGUUCAAGCCAGAGAUCCAUUACCAGGUAGCACUCUUGUGUAUGAAAUCAGAGGUGAUGGAUUAGCAGGGGAAUACUUCAAGAUUGGAACUGAUGGAGUAAUCAGAAUUAACAAGUCCCUAUUUCUGGAUGAUAAUAAAACUCCAACAUACAGGAUUCGAGUUGUGGCUUACAGACAGUCAGAUCCAUUACAGCAGGCGGAGGCAUUUGUUUAUGUGUUGGUAAUCAGAAAUCCAAACCAGCCCUUCUUCUCCCAUGGAAAUCUGGAAGUAACCAUUAAUGAGAACACGGAUAUAUCAUCAUUUAUUAUAAGUGUCAAUGCUACUGAUAAUGAUCAAGGAGAAAAUGGGGAGAUUGUGUACUUCUUUAGCAGUCAAGAAUCACAACCUGUGUAUGCAGCAAACUAUUUUUACAUCAACCCCACCACUGGUGACAUCACUUUGUCUGCCAAUCUUCGUGGUGACCCAAACACUCCACAAUACCAGUUGCGAGUCAUUGCUAGAGAUAAGGGAGUCCCAAGUAAGCAGUCAGGAGUCACAGUGACAAUAAAGAUCGAGAGAAAUCCACAUCCUCCAUCAUUCAUACAAAGGUCAUAUGAGGCUGACGUCAAUGAGAGUAUACCUGUUGGAAGCUCAGUGAUUAAACUUGAUGCUCAGGAUCUGGAUGGAGAUCCAAUUGUAUACAACAUCACCUAUGACCCCCCAGCCUCUUUGUAUUUCAACAUUGACAGUAACACAGGCUUGAUCAGAACGGCCACCACCUUAUACCAAGAUGAGGCUGACCGAUAUGUCCUCCUGGUUACAGCCUCAGACAGGACCCUUCAAGGAACUGCCACUGUGACUAUCCGAGUUCAUCGCAACGUCCACAGACCUGUGUUUGCAGACCCUAGCCACACCUUGACAAUCUCAGAAUAUGAGGAUCUCAACACUAUCAUCUACCGUGUUGUUGCAACGGAUAAUGAUAACAAUCGCAGCAGCAGUGGGAUCCUGAGAUACUCCCUUUUAAGGACCAGCAGUUCUGUAUUUAUCAUUAGUCCCACCACGGGAGAAAUUCAACUUGCACAGUCACUGACCAACAACAAGACUGCAGACCAGUAUAUUCUCACUGUCAUGGCAAAAGAUGUCUCAAGUAAUCCCAAAAACUCUACUGGAACUGUAACUAUCAACAUUGUCCGCAAUCAAUAUGCUCCAGAGUUUAAUUCACAAGUUAACAUAACAACAGCUAAAGAUUUAGACAGCUAUGGAACUUCUUUAGUCAAUGUGUCAGCAACUGAUAGAGACAGAGAGAAUCCAUACAGUGUAAAUACACCCAAUGCCAAAGUUGUCUAUUCCUUGCCAUCAGAUCUCACGAUAGAUAACAGGUUCUUCCACAUAACUCCAGAGGGAAAUCUUAAAGUGACACAGCCACUGCCAACAAACACAGAUAAGACUCAGUUAACGGUACGAAUUAGAGCCUGUGAUAUGAGCUGGAAUCAAAAAUGUUCCGAGAAGGUAGUGAAUAUACCAUUAACUCAUCAUGAAAGUCCAGAGGGUCGACUUGGUUUCAAACAGCCAGUUUAUUACAAAGAGGUGCCAGAGAACACUCCACUGAAUGAAGUGAUUGUAGAGAUGGAUGUGGAGUACCAAGGAUCAUCUUCAAUCAAAUGUAGCAUUGCAGAUAAGACUAUGGAAAACAGGUUCUCCACUACUAAUGAUAAUGUCAACAAAAACUGUAAGCUUAUAUUGCUCCACCAGCUUGACUUCAGUGUACAGGAUAAGUACAACGUGACGGUAUCCGUGACAGCAGUCAACCCAAAUAGCAGAAGGAAGAGACAGAUAUAUGUAUACAACACAUACCCCAUUGCAUCUGUGAUCAUCCAAGUACAGGAUGUCAAUAACAACCCUCCACAGUUCGUCUAUCCUAUGUAUCCAAUCAAUCCAGUGGAAUUAAGGAUGUACUUUGGAGCAGUUGCCAAUGACAGCAGGCCAGACAAACAGAUCUUGGAGGUCCAUGCUAGAGAUCUGGAUCUAGGCAGCAAUGGCAGAGUAACUUACUCAAUCAAAGACUCUUCAGGAGUUCCACCAAACCCACCUUUCAAUCUUGCCUCUGAUGAUGGAAUGGUCACUACUAAGAGAGAUUUGUCUGCAGAAAUGCAGAAGCCUGUUCAGUAUCGCUUCAAAGCUGUAGCCACAGAUAACCCUAUUUUAUUCUCACAACGACAAACAGAUGAAGCCAAUGUCAUUAUAAACAUGAUUCAUCCAUUCCAUCGGUUUGUAAUGGUUUUCAAAGACAGAAGUCCAGAGGAUAUACUACCAAAGAAGGAGUUCAUUAGACAAGUUAUUCAGAAUGUGACGAGAAGGGUGGCUAUAAUUGAGAAUGUUGAGAAGAAGCGUUAUCUCAAUGACAUGCAGAAUGUUCUGACAGACACAAGUACUCUACCUGACUCUGAUUUAUACUUUGUUCUACAACAAACUGUUGAACCAUUCUACCUCAUCAACAAUACAGAACAGAAUGAAUUAUUCCCAGAAAAUGUGCAGGAUGAAUUGAAGAACAGAAUAGGUGGAGAUCCCAGCCUGCAAGUCAUUACUAUCAGGAGGCCUUUUGACAGUCAGGCCAGCCGUAUCUUCCAACUGAGCAAGUCUUACGUGUGGUGGCUUGACGACCCCUGGGCAGCACUCGUAGCCCUGGCAGCCAUUUCAAUACUUCUCUGUCUCGUUGGACUCAUUGUCAUCAUUUUCACUCACUCAAGGUAUAUGAGGUAUAUUAAUGAGUACGCAGCUAAUAUGAAGGCAUAUGAUCAACCAGAGUUUGUAGAACCACCUAGUUUCCUUAGGGAAUAUGAAACACAGAGUUUGAAUAUGUAUGUCCCACCUGAUGAGGCAGUUCAGGAUUCAGGGGAAAUCAACCUGACAUUUGAAGGGGAUAACUUAGUUGCAGCAGAACAUAUAGGAGGAGACCAGGGAAUUACUUCUGCAGUCAAUCCUAUUUACCAAGAGGAUGAUUCACAGAUUCAACAGCCAAGGCCAACAGGAUUUACAGAGAGUACAACAAUGUUGUGAUUGUAGACCUUAUUAAACUUUACAAGAGACUUAUUUAAGGCCAUCAAUAUAUUUAUGGCUACGCACUCCAUUCUGAGGCUUCUAAUUUUUCAUUUGCAUAUAUUCUUCACGUCCUCCAUUGUUACCCAUCAUGCCCCAGAAGAGUGCAUUAUUUUCCUAAACAUAGAAGAUGGUACACUAUUUCCAAAUUCCAACAGAUAGAAGUGAGAAAACUCAGGCAAAGGUUAUUAAAACCGAGAGAGGUGCCAAGGGAGGAGAGAAUUUCAAAAACUAUUUCUUGAGUGCUAUUGUGCAAAUAGAUAUUCUAUGCAGAUUAAAUUAUAUUUAUUAAUGUUUUUUUCUACAUAGUGCUGAAUGACAAUAAAUUGUUAUUUGGUAGAUUCCAAUUAUAUUUUCUCUAGAUUUAUUUUUUUUUCUUGGUAUCAUACAAGAAACAUAUCAUGGAUUAUUGAAACCAUAUCAAACUUUUUUUUUUCUUUUUUAGUUGUAUUAAAUCUUUGUUACAUUCCAUGACAUUUAUAUUAUGAAAAUGUGAUUAUAUGUUAUUUUUCAUGAAAAUUUUUAUAGUGAAAUCUUAGAUGGUUAAUGUGAUUUUUACAGGUGUUUGUGAUAUACAAUGAUAUAUUUCUUUACAGUAGAAUUUUGACUUCUAUUUUUGUACAAUUGACUCAUUUAUUGACUAAGUGUAGUUUGCUGAAUUCACUUCUAAAUGUUCUAUAAAAAGCUUGCCAUCAUUCACAAUGUUGGGUGUAUAAUUUGUUUGCCAGUAUAGUGUGUUUGAAUGACAGGAAUUGAGAAGCACAUAUUUCAACAAUUUGUAUUUUUUUAUAAACAAAUAUACUCUAUUUUUCAAUAA